AGAAAAUUUUGUUUUCUUUCCAUGAUAAAGGAUUAACUUCUAUCACUCUUCAUGAUUUAUUUAUUAUGAAAAGAGAGCGAGGAAAAUAUUCGAAACGGUUCACUGUUUUUUUAAAUAGUCGGUGUUUAAGCACCUUUUCUGAGCUUCGAAUUCAAACCGAAAAACAUUAUGCCAUUUCAAACCUGUUCAGAUAUAACCGAAGCAGUGGCUUUAGAAACAAGCUUGGGCUUAUAUUUGAAACCAAUUUCAAAAAUCAAAAUAAGCGUUCAAUUACCAAAAUUAAAGGUAGCUGGCCAAAGCAUAUCAAGUUGGCAAGUCAUGGAGAAAUUGAAAGCAAUGAUCCGUCCUGAUGUGUUUCGGCUUUUGAAAACGUUAAAAAUCACCUCAGCUGUCAUCAAAUUCGAAGGUGAGCUCGAAACAAAAGCAGCAUGUGAGCGAGCUCUGGCUCGUGUUCGUGCGGCUGGUUGUCUUCAAUUAAAUGGAUUUUCAGAAUGGUUGCAAAUAAGAGCUACUCACGCUGCAAGUGCGGGCCCCACCAGGCACGACUGGGAUGCCUUUUUCCGCGAUGCCAGAGGUGUAGAUGAGAUGAAACCUGGCGAAAGACCAGACACUAUUUAUUUACAAGAGCUUCCGGUACGGUGGUUUGCAGAAUCCAGUAAACAGCAAAAACCUAGUGAAAGAAUUCUCCGCAAGGCUUUCUCCAGCUUCGGAAGAAUUAGGAGGUUGGAGGUUCCCCAGAAAGCCAAAGGAGAUGAACUGACAUUUGGAAAAACGAGUUCUCUUCAAAGUGACUUGUUAUUUGAAGUAUACAUUCAAUACGAAGAAUAUGUAGAAUUUGCUACCGCUAUGGAUUCUUUACGAGGUAAAAAACUCCUUUUCAAGGAUCCCGAUGGAAAAGUAUAUUUUGCAGAAAUCAAGGUGGACUUUGACCGAACGAAUUACCUCAGUGAUAGGUGCAUCAAGAAACGUAAUGCUGAAACUCAUAAGGUGCCAUUAAUUUCAUCAUUCACUAAAGAUAAAACUGUAGAAAAUGCAAUGAAAGAAGUAAUGAAAAAUGCAAGUCAAAUACAGAUUGCAAAAGGUGCCACUAAAGAACAGCAUUUUCACUCAAAAGAUGAGGAAAAUAGCAUGAAAAUUCUUUUAAAAGAACUUCUACACAGAGCUGAGAUGGCAGAAAAAAAGAGAGAGCAGGAAAAUCAAGAAAGGAUGGAAAAAGAACGGUUGAGGGAGUUAGAAAUAGAACAACAAAAAAAAGUUGAGGAGUUUAAAAAGCUGGAGAAGAAAAGACAAGAAAUGUUGAUAAAACAAGAAAGAAUUUUAAAAGAAAAACUUUUGCGAAAUUUGAAAGAAAAAAAGCAGCAAAAAUUAAUGGAAAUUAGGGAAAAACUUAGAAGAGAAUUAGCGGGUCGCAAAGUUUUAAAAAGUGUCUUAGUAUGCGUAAGUCCAAAACAUGACAGAAAAGGUUGCUAAUAUUGCAUGAUAUACCUUCAACAGAGCUUAAAAAAC